GAGAUUUGGAGGACUCGGGACAUUGCUGGUCAGGAGGGCCCUGAAUGCCCAAGUCUGAGCUUGUAAACAGGUGCUUGCAGUAAUAGGCGUCCAUCAGUGAGCAGGGAUAUUACUGUGGCAGGGAAUAUUCUGGGAAACCAUGAUUGUAAGAUUCAAUCGGCUGAAGAGAGGCCUCUUCCUUCUAGGGAUGCUCUUUAUGGUGUCCCGUCCUGUGCUUUCUGAGGAGGUGGGUCCUGCAGAGAAAGAAGUCACGUUUAGCCAUGUCUACAGGAUUGACUCUGGUUGUAAGAAGGGUUCUCAGGUGGCUCAGCUUUCCCAGGACCAGGCCUCAGAAGGGCAGUUAGUCACAGUGGAUGGAGAGAAUGACAUUGUCUUUAAGCACAACAUACGUCUGCAGUCGGCUGGUUGUGGAUGUGCAGAUUCUGAGGACUUCAAAGCCCUGCUGUACCGAGUAAAUGGCCUGGAAGAGGAAGUCACCUACCUAAAGAGUCAAUGUGCUCAGGGCUGCUGCAAAGGAGGGUCAGGUGUGGACACUAGCUGCAGUGGACACGGCACAUACCAGCAUGACUCUUGCAGUUGUAAGUGUAACCCAGGUUGGGAGGGUCCAGACUGCUCAAUCUCAUCUUGCCCUGAUGAAUGCAACGAUAAUGGCCGCUGUGUUGACGGACGCUGCGUGUGCUAUGAAGGCUACACUGGCCAUGACUGCAGCCAGCUCACGUGUCCCAACGACUGCAAAGACAAAGGCCACUGUGUGGAUGGCAAAUGUGUGUGCUUUAGUGGAUUCUCAGGAGAAGACUGCAGUAUCGCCACCUGUCCGAACGACUGCAUAGGAAAUGGGCGCUGCGUGGAUGGACAGUGCAUCUGUGAUGAGGGGUUCUUUGGAAUCGACUGCUCCAUGGUCCUAGGACCGAAAGGUCUCCGUCUGAUCAAAGCCACAGAUGUAUCUCUGCUGGUGGAGUGGGAGUCUGUGAGAGGAGCUGAGUACUACAUCCUGUCCUACCAUCCCAAGGGAGACAAGGGAGCCAUUAAAGAGGUCCAGGUGGAAAACACGAAAAACUCCUACCUGAUCACAGGCCUCAGACCCGGAGUCACGUACAUAGUGCAGGUGUACGCUGUCAUCAGGGGCAUUAACAGUGAAUCCGAUGAGAUAGUGGCUACUACUGAGAUCUCUGGUAUUGAAGGAAUCAAGGUGUUGAGUCAGACAGAGGACUCAAUCCAGGUGGACUGGAAGAACCCUGCGCUUUCCGUGGACUUCUUCAAAUUGACCCAUGCUAGCCCUGAUGGUCAGGAAGGGCAGGAGAACGUGGCAAUGAGCCAAGAGGCCAGAACUAAACACACCAUUGUAGGCCUUAACCCAGGAACACAAUAUCAGAUAGGUGUGCAAGCAAUCAAAGGUGAAAGCGAAGGCAAGCCGUCAUAUGCCACAGGGGUCACAGACAUUGAUUCCCCAACCAAUCUGGCAACCAGGGAGGUGACGGAGAACUCCGCAACCGUGACGUGGGAUGGUGUUCGCGCUGACAUCGAUGGCUACAUACUGACUUACAGCUCGGCAGAGGGCACCAGCCGAGAAAUUAAAGUGGCCGCAGACGCUACUUCUCACCAGCUGACCUCUCUCAAACCAGGAGUCCUGUACACAGUUUUCCUCUGGGCCUACAAGGGCUCUCGUUCCAGUAGGAAGAGCAUGACCGAAGCAGAGACGGAUAUAGACGCUCCUACUAACCUCAUGACCAGAGAGGUGACAGAGGACUCGGCGUUGGGGACGUGGAACAAGGUGCAGGCCGACAUUGAUGGCUACAUGCUGAGCUACAGCUCUAUAGAUGGCUCCGGUCAGGAGGUUGGAGUAGGAGCUGACAGCACCUCCUACAGGUUCACUGCUCUGAAGCCUGGAGUUCUCUACACAGUCUAUGUGUGGGCCAUCAAGGGCCCUCGCUCUAGCAAAAAGAGCUCGACAGAAGCAGAAACAGAUAUAGACGCUCCUACUAACCUCUUAACCAGAGAGGUGACAGAGGACUCGGCGUUGGUGACGUGGAACAAGGUGCAGGCCGACAUUGAUGGCUACAUGCUGAGCUACAGCUCUAUAGAUGGCUCCGGUCAGGAGGUUGGAGUAGGAGCUGACAGCACCUCCUACAGGUUCACUGCUCUGAAGCCUGGAGUUCUCUACACAGUCUACGUCUGGGCUUUGAAAGGCCCUCGCUCAAGCAGAAAAGCCACAGCUGAGGCUGAAACAGAGAUUGACGCGCCAAAGAACCUCAAAGCCAUUGAUGUCCAGACUCAAACCUCCACUAUAACAUGGAAAGCUCCUCAGGCUAAUAUUGAUGGGUACAUCCUGACAUAUAGGGCUGAGGAUGGCAGCAUGCAGAAUGUGGAAAAAAUGUUGACUGCGCAGGAGAAUAGAUUUGCUCUUUCUGGCCUUGCAAUGGGCAAAAAGUACAUUGUCACUCUUAUUGCCUACAGAGGCACCAAGAGGAGUAGAGUAGUGGAGACAAGCUUUAGCACGGUGGGCCUGGCCUACCCGUUCCCAAUGGACUGCACUCAGAUUAUGAGGAAUGGAAACAUGGAGAGUGGCGUCUACACAAUUUACGUCAACAACAACCGUAGCAGAACUAUGCAGGUGUAUUGUGACAUGACAACUGAUGGCGGCGGCUGGAUUGUGUUCCAGAGACGAAACACCGGCAAAUUAGAUUUCAUGAGGCGCUGGAGAGAGUAUAUCAAAGGCUUUGGAGAACUGACAGAUGAAUUUUGGCUCGGCUUGGACAAGAUCCACGAACUGACUAAUACUCCUACACAAUAUGAAGUGCGUUUCGAUCUAGGCUCGGGAUCAGAGCGGAAAUAUGCCGUCUACGAUAACUUCAAAAUAGCACCUUCCAAACAGAAGUUUAAGCUCACCAUCGGCAACUACAAAGGAAAUGCUGGUGAUGCCAUGACCUACCACCAGGGAGGGUCUUUCUCCACAGUGGAUUCAGACAACGACAUUGCGCUCGGUAACUGUGCUCUGACUCACCAAGGUGCUUGGUGGUACAAGAACUGCCACCUGGCCAAUCUGAACGGCAGAUUUGGGGACCUCAGACACAGUAUGGGUGUAAACUGGGAGCCAUGGAAGGGACACCUCCAGUCUCUCGACUUCGCAGAAAUUAAGAUCCGGCCAGUGGGAGCAGCAGGAAGACAGAAGAGGUCAUUGAAAAGGAGAGUAGCUGUGUAUUAAAAAUCACUCAACAAAAACUACAAAAUGUUAUAUUAAAAUCCAAAACAUAUGGGAAUUGGCUCAAACCAGGCUGAAAUAAUUCUUCAUAUCAGGAAAGCCACUCUGUGCUGUAGAUUGUAUGCUGUUUAACAAUUUUUUGUAUCAUUUUACAAAAGUCAGAUGUUAAUUAGGAUACGCUAUGCUUCUUUUGAUUUAGUGUAUGUGACUGACAUCACAGUGCCAUUCCUAACCCAAAGGGUGUUUUCAUACAUUUAAGUGAAGGUUUUUUUUGCAUUAUAAUCUUCACAGAAGUCUUUUUUAUUUUAUUACAGUGUUUUGCACCGAAGUACUUCGUACUGUAUGCUAAAGUUUUAAAUGGAUAUUCAAGAUUUUUGCCCAUCGUAAUAGCUGACAAUUAAGAUUUAAUUCAAAUGUCAUGUAUAAAAAGACGUUUUAUAACAGAUAUUAAGCUGAAAUGUCUUCCAUCUGGAUGUGUACUGUAGUUGUACUAUAAUUCCUGACACAGACACCAAAUCAAGUGUCACAUAUUUUCACAAAAAUAAAGUUUGUUGAUAUAAAAAAAAGCAGUUGGAAUAUUUCAGGAUCAGAUUUGACUGGCUCUUCAGACAAAAAUGAUGGGAAAUUGCAUCGUAUGCUGCAGCAUUUUAACGUCAUUGUCACUGCAGUGGGCCGGCUGCUCGAAAAUCUUCACAUCGCCCCCUCAGAGUAACCGGAAAUGUAAGUUUAGGUCAUACCGAGAAAAUAACUGUUCUUAUUGAAGAACUGGCAUCAGAAGGAGACCUAUCAGCCUCAGCAGGCGCUGGACUGGAUUGGCUCAUCUUCAGGUCUCCAGACAUCUGCCAAACUGGCAUAUCUACUGGGCAAAUGGCAGGCUAAAGAAAUGUCGUUUUUAUUUUUAUUUAUUUAUUUUCUUACUACAAGCAUGUUUUGUGUACAACCCCCAUGGAUUCUGGUACUGAAAUGUACCAUAAAGAGUCCCGACCCUUUUGCACCGCUCAACAAAAGUGCCAUGUGUUCAGCCUGCAGCUUAGCGCGCUUCAUUUUUCUCUCA